AUGAUAACGAAAUUUUACCAGCACAUCCUUUCCUUGGCAUUUGCUGUGGAUGAGAUCAACAAGAACCCCAUGCUCUUGCCCAAUGUUACACUUGGCUUCCACAUCUAUGACAGCUACUAUGAUGCAAUGGCAACUUAUCGUACCACCUUAGAUCUCCUCUUCAAGUCACAUAAAUUUGUUCCCAAUUACAUAUGUGACACACGGGAAAAUGUCAUAGCCGUCAUUGGUGGUCUUGGCUCUGAUAUUUCUUCCUUUAUGGCAGACAUUUUAGGUUUCUAUAAGAUUCCACAGCUCCAUCCUUUUCUUCAAGGCAGUUCCUUUAACAAUUCAGCCGAAGAAACUGUGUCCUUUAAUGAUAAGCAGGAAACAGAGGGUGGAUUUGACAUCAUGAAUAUUAUAAUAUUUCCAAAUCAGUCCUACCAGAAAGUGAAAGUUGGUAGGAUGGAUCCCAAUGCACCUGAAGGAAGAGAAUUAAUCAUUAAUGAAUAUAAAAUUGUGUGGUACGAAGAUUUAAACAAGACGCUCCCCCUUUCCGUGUGCAACGAACACUGCCAGCCUGGUAGUCAGAAGAAAAGGAAGGAAACAGAAAAAUUUUGCUGCUACGAUUGCAUUCCUUGUGCAGAAGGGAAGAUUUCAAACAAGAAGGAUGUGGCUGACUGCUUCCAGUGCCCAGAAGAUGAAUUUCCAAACAAGGACAGAAAUGAGUGCAUCACUAAAGUUAUAAGUUUUCUGUCUUUUGAUGAACCUUUAGGGAUCACUUUGGCCUCAGCUGCUCUCUUUUUUUGCCUGAUCACAGCCAUAGUGUUAGGAAUUUUUAUUAGGCACAAAGACACACCCAUUGUCAAGGCCAAUAACAGGGACCUCACUUACGCGCUCUUGGUCUCCCUCCUGCUCUGCUUCCACUCUUCUUUACUGUUCCUUGGAGAACCAGGGAAGGUCUCCUGCCUCCUCCGACAACCCACUUUUGGCACCAUCUUCUCGGUGGCUGUUUCAUGUGUGCUGGCAAAAACCAUCACUGUAGUUGUAGCUUUCAUGGCCACCAAACCCGGGUCCAGCAUGAGGAAAUGGGUGGGCAAAGGACUAUCCAAUUCUAUUGUCCUUUGUUUUGCUCUUAUUCAAGCAUGUAUUUGUAUUGUGUGGUUAGCAACCUCUCCCCCAUUCCCUGAUUUCGACCUUCACUCAGCAACUGAAGAAAUCGUUCUGCAAUGUAAUGAAGGGUCAGUCGCCAUGUUUUACUGUGUCUUGGGUUACAUGGGCCUCUUGGCCAUUGCCAGCUUCACUGUGGCAUUCCUAGCACGCAAGUUACCAGAUAGUUUUAAUGAAGCAAAGUUCAUUACAUUCAGCAUGUUGGCCUUUUGCAGUGUGUGGGUGUCCUUUGUUCCAACUUAUCUGAGCACAAAAGGAAAAAACAUGGUGGCAGUGGAGAUCUUCUCCAUCUUGGCCUCCAGCGCUGGGUUAUUGGGUUGCAUCUUCUCCCCUAAAUGUUACAUUAUUUUGCUGAAGCCUGAAUUGAACAACAGGGAGCAAAUAGUAAGGAGAAAGAUGGUCCAUGCCCUCCUCUUUUCUGCCUCAGUAGGACACUUCUUUGUUAAAACCAUGAAGUUCCUGCUGUUCUUGUUUCCUUUGGUGGCCUUUGAAAAAUGGGUCCUUUCCAAUGUUCAGCUUGUAUCUUCUGGGCCAGGAACAGUGAGACCUGGAGAGAACCUCCGUCUGCUCUGUAAAGUUACUGGUGUCUCCAUCACUGAUUCAACUUAUGCUUGGAACUGGAUCCGACAGCCUUCUGGCAAAGGUCUAGAGUGGGUUGCAAGAAUAUACCCCUAUAAUGGGGGGAAAUGGUUUGCUGCUUCUCUUCAGAGCCGUGUGACCAUUUCUUCAGACAACUCCAAGAACGAAUUCUCCCUCCAGCUGAACUCCCUGACAGCUGCCGACUCAGCCGUGUAUUUCUGUGCUCGAGAUGGCACAGUGACACAUGAUCUUUAUUCCUCACUUGUUCCCAGUGCAGGUCUUUAUCUCCCCUGCCAGUUCUGGGCAAAACAGUUUAAGAGGGAUGUUGGGGCCUUCUCGGACAUUCAGCUUGCAUCUUCUGGACCAGGAACAGUGAGACCUGGAGAGAAUCUGAGCUUUGUCUGUAAAGUGACAGGUUUCUCUAUUUCUACUUCUGCUUCUUAUGCUUGGGACUGGUUCCGUCAGCCUCCUGGGAAAGGUCUAGAAUGGAUUGCAGCAAUAAAUCACAACUCUGGGGGCAAAUGGUAUGCCCCUUCUCUAAAAAGCCGAACAACCAUUUCGUCAGAUGCCUCCAAGAAUGAGUUCUAUCUCCAGCUAAACUCCAUGACAGCUGCUGACACCGCUGUGUAUUUCUGUGCCCGACAUACACAGUGA